CUGACGCCUGUCGAAGCAAUCACUAAAUUUGCCAGCUUGGUCUGCCUCACACGGUUAAUUCAGGUAGGGACCUAAUUUGAAUAUGGCUCCGACAACGACGAAAAAUAGCUAGAGCUAAUAGCCUAAUACUAACUGCUUGCGAUAGCAAAACCUUGCCAUAGAAGCCAUCUAUUACGUUUGCAUUGAGAACUCAGUUUCAAUGACCGCAGUCUUCUAAUUCUAAGUAGUGACGCAGCCUUAGGCGCUUUAUGGAAUGUCUGCACCUUCAACUGCACGUGCUUCAAACGUGUGGGAAGCUACCGACCUUGCGGAGCGAAUCGCAACUUACCUGCCUGACAACGAUGUUGCUUGUACGCUGCGGCUAUUGGAUAAGGCAACAGCGGAGCUGUUCCGUCGACCAUAGUAUACAGUCGUGCGGAUGUCACAGCCAGUACCACACCAUGCCUUCGUGCAACGCUGGUGCACGCCGGGUGCCAUGCGGGACCUCACCUUCCAGCAGCGGCUGCAGCUGCUGUGCCUGACUGCUCGCAGCGGCAGCAUCGACAACCUGGCUGCUGCGGUUGCACAUGCCGGCUGCUCGCUCAUGGCCUCUGCGGGAGGUGCUCGAGGCCGCGGCAUCAGCGGGGAAGCUGGCAGCAUGCGACUGGCUCCCACAGCAAGGCUGCCCCAUGGGGUUCAGGCCCCUCGAAAUCGCAGCAGGCUACGGACAGCAGGCUGCAUGUGGAUGGCUGUUGGCCCAUGGCUGCCCCAAGGGCAGGGGUGCCGUACACGCCGCAGCUCGAGGGGGCCACAUGGGGCUUGCAGAGAUGCUUUUGGGACGUCGUGUUCACUCAGCGGACUCCGAUGAUGAGGCUCUGGCUGCAGCAGUAGCUGAAGGCUGCGACCUGCCAACGCUGCAGCGCUUCUGCCAGGACCUCCGUCCGCAUCCGGAGGAAGCUCGUGAACACGUGGAGCCGCAGCUGCCGCAGCAGCUGAAGCGCGGCAAGGCCAUCAUUGCAGCCGCGGCUCGCAGCCCAACACCCGAUUGGCGUGACAAGGUGGGGUGGCUUGAGGCGCAGGGCUGCCGGCGGGAUGGUGAAGCAUGCAAGGCUGCUGCCACAUGCCCGGACGCAUUGGACCGGCUGGUUUGGCUGCGGGAGCAGGGCUACCCGGUAGACAACUUCUCCAUGGCUGAGGUUGCCCAAAGAUCUGGCAAUUUGGCGGCUUUGGAGUACCUACUAGCCAACACCGACAUCCACGGGGUCACGAUUGACCCACUGGUCGUUGCCAGCAAUGGCCACCUAGAGCUCCUCAAAGUCCUGCUGGCGCUGCAGCGCUACCGCAUGAACGCCGGGGAUGUGGCAGUAGCAGCAGCCAGGCGCGGACACUUGCAUGUGGUGGCAUGGCUGGUGGAGGAGGAGGGAGUGGAUGAAGGGGGGAGGCUGCUGCAGCGCUACGGGGCGCGUGUCAUGGGUGCUGCCAUCGAUCGCCUCGGGCAACCUGGAGCUGUUGAGGUGGCUGGGGGAUCGGGGCUGCCCGCUGCAUGAGUGCAGCAUGGGGGAUGCGGCGGCGGCUGGAUGCGAGGUGGCGAUGGAAUGGAUGGUGGAGCAGGGAUGGCGGUGGGAGGCCUACACUCACGACGCUCACGACGCCUACGUCACCCCCGCUUCCAACGGCGACCUAGCCACACUGCGUUGCCUUCGCCGUCUGGGCUGCCCUUGGGACGGCCCCUUACCAAACCGCGCUGCGAGAGGCAGCGGCAGCACCUUCCGUGCAUGCAUACAUGCCCGCAGCCCGCUGCCGGUGCUGGUCUGGCUGCGUGAGGAGGGCUGCCCGGUGCAGGACUGGGAGGCUGCAUGGCGCGCAAUGCAUGGUUAUGGCAUCUCCAGUGUGGCAUUGGCCUGGUUGGAGGGGCAGCGGCAGCAGCACUCCCGUGAGUUGGGUUGGUGGAGCGGCGUGUGCAGGGAGAUGAGGGGCUGGGAGGUGUGGGGGCGGGAGAGCUGUGGCCGGAGCAUGUGCGUCCGCAGCCGUGAAGAGAUGUUUGCUGUGGAGGUGUUGAGUCUUGCUUGGAACUGCGGGAGCUGUUUGUGGCUCCUCUGGGGUGCAUGUAGCUGAGUGCCCAGCCGGUGUGAGGUGCAUGUGCAUGCCAGCCAUGUGCUAACCAGAACCAAGGGAAUGGACUAUUCGUUAGCGUGUGCUGUAUGCCGUCUCCGUGCGCUAUCGGUGUUGGGGGGAGAGCGAAGUUGUCUGGAGUACAACUGGGCCACUGUGAAAGUGUUGUAACGUUAAGUGCCGUACA